AUGUUGCGACAUCCUCAAGCGGCGGCGCGGCGCGUCCAGCUCGCUAAUGCGCUGUCCGCCGCUCUAGUCGCCGGGUGCAGACCGCCAUCCCGCCAGCGCCUCUGCCAGCCGACCGUGUUGUUUUCGAGGACGUUUACGAUCUCACAUCUACGACAUGCCGACGUCACCGUCAAGGUGCCGCAGAUGGCCGAGUCUAUCAGCGAGGGCACCCUAUCUCAAUUGCUAAAGAAGGUCGGCGAGCGCGUCGAGGCCGACGAGGAAUUGGCGACGAUCGAGACGGACAAGAUCGACGUGUCCGUCAACGCACCGGAGGCGGGCAUCGUUGCGCAAGUUUUUGUUCAAGAGGGCGACGUUGUGACCGUAGGUCAGGACCUUGUUCAGUUGGAGACCGGCGUUGCCGUUGAAGGCGCACAACAAGCGGCGGGAAAGGAGAAGACCCAGGCCUCCACUGAGCCUCCCAUUGCUGCCAGCAAACCGCAGUCAGAAAGCAAGCCUGCUUCCGAGGCAACCGAGACAGGCACCACAAAAGCUCCUCCUGAAGACCAGGUCAAGAAAUCACCUGGAACGGAGCAGCCAGCUGCGAAACAGCAAAAUGAGAAAGCGCCAUCCACCUCCGUCGAGUCGACGGGACAGCUGGCGCGAAGCGAGCGUAGUGAGAAAUUGUCUCGCAUGCGCAAAACGAUAGCGACACGACUCAAGCAGUCACAAGAUACCUGCGCUUCCUUGACGACCGUGCAGCGUCUCGACAUGACCAACCUCAUGGCCUGGCGCGCGAAAUACAAGGAAGCCAUUGCCGAGUCCCAGGGCGUAAAACUUGGCUACAUGGGAGCAUUCGCCAAAGCCGCCACCUUGGCCGCGCAGCAGGUGCCACGAAUCAACGCAAGUAUCGACACGGAUCGCGAGAUCAUCACAUACCGCGACUACAUCGACAUCAGUAUCGCCGUGUCCACGCCCAAAGGACUUGUCACACCAGUGGUGCGAGACUGCGAAACAAAGAACGUAGUCGAGAUCGAGCGAGACAUUGCAGCGAUAGCGAAGAAGGCCCGAGAUGGCAAGUUGACGAUGGAUGAUCUCGAGGGUGGCAACUUCUCCAUCAGCAACCCCGGAAUCUUCGGCUCCAUGUUCGGCACGCCGUUGAUCAACUAUCCCCAGGCGGCUGUCUUUAACAUGAAUGCGAUCAAGGAGGACGUUGUGGCGAUCGACGGAAAGCCCGAGAUUCGUCCUAUGAUGUACAUCGCACUGACGUACGACCAUCGCUUGAUAGACGGCCGGGAGGCUGUCGCAUUCCUCAACUUCGUGAAGGGAUACAUCGAGGACCCGGCAAAGAUGCUGCUAUUCUAG